AACACCGAAAGGGAAACGAGUGAGGAAAGGGGCGGCCGUCGACCUGAGAACACACUGGCCGAACAGGGAGGGAGAGAGAGUGAGAGAGACGAUGUGGAGAAGGGUUUGCGUCGCCCCUCGGCGAUCCGCUCUCGCGAAACCUCAUCCUUCGGCCGCCGACCUUCGUGGCCGCGCCCUCUCCCCCUUCCCGCCCUCCCCGAAGCCGGCAGUGUUCUUCUCCUCCGUUUCAGGUGAUGGAUCGUUGAAGAAGAGGGUGGAGGACGUGAUGCCGAUUGCCACCGGGCUCGAGCGCGAGGAGAUCCAGGCAGAACUGGAGGGAAAGAAGCGGUUCGAUAUGGAUGCCCCCGUAGGCCCCUUCGGCACCAAGGUAGGGGUUCUUGUUCCUUCUCUUUUCUCAUAGGGAUUCUAAUUCUUGAUACCCUAGGCGCAGUAUUUGGUUUGUCUUCCUCUUUAAUAUGGUUGUGG